GGGAGGAGAACACUGUUAUUACCAGGGCCAGAUCCGAGGAAACCCUGUCUCAUUUGUUGCCCUGUCAACAUGCCAUGGACUCCAAACAAUGUCAAAAACCAAUGGGGAAAAACCUGAUUUUCCCAUUCGACAGUAUUCUAGUUUGCUUACUACUGCUCUGAAGACACUGACCGAGAGCAUCUUGAGGAAGAAAGGGUUUGUUUCACCUAAAGGCUGUAGUCCAUCCAUCCGUCAUAAAGGAAAGUCAGAGCAGGGACUCAAGGCAGGAACCAGAACUACGGAGGAGCACUCUUUUCUGGUGGGAUGUUCUAUGAUGGAAACCACACAUAUCUCAUUGAGCCAGAAGAAAAUGAGAAGUCUCAAGAGGCGUCUCAUUGUCACUCCGUGUACAAAUCCAGACAGUUUGAAUUUCCCUUGGAUGACCUUCCGUCCGAAUUUCAACGCGUAAACAUUACUCCCCCUCAGUUUAUUUUGAAGCCAAGACUAAAGAGGAGGAAAAGACAGCUUCUUCGAUUUCCUCGGAAUGUAGAGGAGGAAACCAAAUACAUCGAACUGAUGAUCGUGAAUGAUCAUCUCAUGUUUAAAAAGCACCGGCUUUCUGUUGUCUAUACUAAUACCUAUGCGAAGUCUGUGGUGAACAUGGCAGAUGUGAUCUAUAAAGACCAACUCAAAACUAGGAUUGUAUUGGUUGCCAUGGAAACCUGGGCUGCUGACAACAAGUUUGCCAUAUCUGAAAACCCACUGAUUACCCUACGUGAGUUCAUGAAAUACAGGAGGGAUUUUAUCAAGGAGAAGGCUGAUGCAGUUCAUCUUUUCUCGGGCAGUCAAUUUGAGAGUAGCCGGAGCGGGGCAGCUUAUAUUGGUGGGAUUUGCUCGCUGCUGAGAGGAGGAGGCGUGAAUGAAUUUGGAAAAACGGAUUUAAUGGCAGUUACCCUCGCUCAGUCAUUAGCCCACAAUGUCGGUAUAAUCUCCGACAAAAGAAAACUAGCAAGUGGUGAGUGUAAAUGCGAGGACACCUGGUCUGGGUGCAUAAUGGGAGACACAGGCUACUAUCUCCCGAAAAAGUUCACUCAAUGCAACGUCGAGGAAUAUCAUGACUUCCUGAAUAGUGGUGGAGGUGCCUGCCUGUUCAACAAGCCUUCCAAGCUUCUUGAUCCUCCUGAGUGUGGAAACGGCUUCAUUGAAACCGGAGAGGAGUGUGAUUGUGGCACCCCUGCAGAAUGUGCCCUUGAAGGAGCAGAGUGUUGUAAGAAAUGCACCUUGACCCAGGAUUCUCAAUGCAGUGAUGGCCUCUGUUGUAAAAAGUGCAAGUUUCAGCCUCUGGGGACCGUGUGCCGAGAGGCAGUGAACGACUGUGACAUUCGUGAAAUAUGUUCAGGAAAUUCGAGCCAGUGUGCCCCCAAUGUGCAUAAAAUGGAUGGAUAUUCAUGUGAUGGUACUCAGGGAAUUUGCUUUGGAGGAAGAUGUAAAACCAGAGAUAGACAAUGCAAAUACAUCUGGGGGCAAAAGGUGACAGCAUCUGACAGGUACUGCUAUGAGAAACUGAACAUUGAGGGGACGGAGAAGGGUAACUGUGGGAAAGACAAGGACACGUGGACACAGUGCAACAAACGGGAUGUACUUUGUGGUUACCUCCUGUGCACAAACAUUGGCAACAUCCCACGGCUCGGGGAGCUUGAUGGUGAGAUCACAUCCACAUUGGUUGUGCAGCAAGGAAGAACAUUAAACUGCAGUGGCGCGCAUGUUAAACUUGAAGAAGAUGUGGAUCUCGGCUAUGUGGAAGAUGGGACGCCCUGUGGUCCUCAGAUGAUGUGCUUGGAACACAGAUGUCUUCCUGUGGCUUCCUUCAACUUCAGUACUUGCUCCAGCAGUAAAGCAGGCACCGUGUGCUCAGGAAAUGGAGUUUGCAGCAAUGAGCUCAAGUGUGUGUGCAACAGGCACUGGACAGGGGCUGACUGCAGCACCCACUUUCCUCACAAUGACGAUGCAAAGACUGGCAUCACCCUGUCUGGUAAUGGUGUUGCUGGCACUAAUAUCAUAAUAGGAAUAAUUGCCGGUACCAUUUUAGUGCUGGCCCUCAUCUUAGGAAUAACUGCCUGGGGUUAUAAAAACUACCGAGAACAGAGACAGUUACCCCAGGGAGAUUAUGUAAAAAAGCCUGGCGAUGGCGACUCUUUUUAUAGCGACUUUCCUCCCGGAGGCAGCACAAACUCAGCAUCUAGUUCUAAGAAGAGGUCAAAUGGACUCUCUCAUUCUUGGAGUGAAAGGAUUCCAGACACAAAACAUAUUUCAGACAUCUGUGAAAAUGGGAGACCUCGCAGUAACUCCUGGCAAGGUAACAUGGGAGGCAACAAAAAGAAAAUCAGAGGGAAAAGAUUUAGACCUCGAUCUAACUCAACUGAGAGGGAGCCCCAAGCACCCGAGCCUGGGCACUCCCUCGCCCAGACAAUCCCAUCCCAAGGCAUAAGCCCAGGGGGCUCUGACAGCCCCCAGACAGGGAGUCUGGAUCACAGGUAUUUAAACCCAUGGUUCAAAAGAGACUAUAAUGUAGCUAAGUGGGUAGAAGAUGUGAAUAAAAACACUGAAGGACCGUACUUUAGCUCCCAAGAUGGCCCACAUCAACAAGACAGGACCCUGUCACCUGCCAAGUCUCCUUCUUCAUCAACUGGGUCUAUUGCCUCCAGCAGAAAAUACCCAUACCCAAUGCCUCCGCUUCCUGACGAGGGAAAGACAGUGGGCCGUCAGAGCGCCAGGCUAUGGGAGACAUCCAUUUAAGAACAGCUGUUUACACGUGACACAUCGAAACUGUUUACUUCUACUUUUAUAGAAAUCCCACCACCUGCAACCACUGCAAAUCUAUCUGCUC